UUAAUGCCCCCAAAACCAUCUGUAUACCUUUCUUUGUUUGCAAAUAAAUACGGAACAAGGCUGGCUAAUCAACUGACCAAAGGGUGGUUGUAAAGCAAAUCAUCAUGUUCAAAAUGGGUAUGUUGAAUCAAGAAAAUGGUGCAAAAACUUGGGAUGAUAGGGGCAGGACUGGAAUUGCACAGAUUUUCAUUUCACAUGGAGAGAGGAUCCAUUCUCUCCGGUUCCAGUUUGUUGAGAAUGGAACCUUGGUCUUGUCAGACAAAUAUGGCCGAGAUGGUUGCCCCGGUUCCCCAAAGUUCCAUGCAGUAAAGUUUAAUUAUCCAUCAGAGCUUAUUACUGGCAUAAAAGGUUCCUAUGGCAACCACGGUGGAGUGGGAUCUGUGAACUCAAUCAGCUUCGAUACCAAUAAGGCAACUUACAGACGAUUUGGGUUCCAUGCACCAGGCGAUACUGCAUUUGGAUUCAAAUUGGAGAACAGAACAAAUUUUGCGGAUUUCAUGGCACUUCAGACAUGUAUCUGCACUCUAUUGGGCUCUACAUGGAGCCGAUGACGACUCUAAGCAAUGUUAACAUUCUUCAGGAAAAGGCGAACAUCAAAAAUGAAAAAGCUUAGCUUUGCUCCCAGAGUACUAAAUAACUACCACUGUUGCAGCAGCUAGCUGAUUGUUGUGAUGUUGCCUAUCUAGUUUUCGCAGUUUAUUUUUGGAGUCCAAGGAUAGUGUUCCACCCUAUAUGUGUAUUUUAUGGUUCACAAUUUCUAAUAGACUGCUACCAAAAAUUUGAGUAAAGGAUCCUGGCAAAAUGUUUUGUAUUUUGGUGGUGUCAGGUGAGAGUGAUUAAGGCAAAAUGUUGUUUUGUAUUUCGGUGGUGUCAGGUGAGAGUGAUUACUACUUUGAAAAACAUGAAAAAUGAGAAGGGAAAGCAAAAUUUGAGAACAAUGACAAGGAGACCAGUAAGUUUGCAACUACGCAUCCAAGAAACAAGCAGUGCAGCUGCCCCUUCCAUUUUGGAAACCUUUCUACCAGUUGUUCUAUCUAUGAAAGAGCAAAAUACUUGAAACACUAGUCAAGGCAGUUGAAUACAAAAGUGCUAGGGGGAAGUACAGAGAUCCAUACACAUUUGUGGCUAAAGCUAUCAUAUGUAUGUGAUGCUAUCCAGAUUGCUCUUCAGCCUCAUCUAAAAGCAAACCAGAAACAUGUCAAAAGAAGUCUCCCACCCAAAACAUGUAGCUUCGCUCUAAUUAAUCAGACUCAAAAAGAAAACACCGAAAAGAACUCCAGCUUGCAUCUUCGACAAAAACAGAAGAAUGAGAACAUUUGAGAUCAAACACCGAGCUCUUGGGCUAUUUUUUAGGAUUUGG